CUCCACAGACUCAAUAGCCCAGAAACUCCACAUGGUGUACUGUCGAACACGGUGGAUUCGCGUGCGACAGAAACGACAGUUUGUUUCAACCUCUUGUUCAUUCCUUUUGCGUUAUUGUCGAACUCUUUUCGUUCCUCUUUUCUCGUUCGUUAUUCCACAAGACUCUCCGCUGCUCGAGUCGAAUCGCGUCUACUGUCACGAACUGCCAGUAUCCGAGGUGACAAGCAAUUGCCGAUCGUUUUCGCUAGUUUCGACAGGGAGUUUCUUGUGAACGGUGAUCGAUGAACGAUAUUUCCUCGGGAAAUGCUAGGACCGUAUCAAUGAGAGCAUCGUCCGCUGCCGACCGGAUCUAGUGACAAACCGGAAGAAGGGUACUAGAUUCGGGGAAGCUUUUGUUCUUCGACGAGUGUGUAACGUGACAACGAUGGGAAAGGGUUGGAAAGGUGCGAAAGACUUCGUCGGCAUCGACGAGGUGACGAAGGUCGAUUUUCUGGUGAUGAUGUUCGCCGAAGCUCUGGGUACGUUCCUCCUGGUGUUGAUCGGUUGCGCCUCCUGCAUCACGUGGACCGACAACAAUCCACCCACAGUGGUGCACAUCGCGUUCACCUUUGGCCUUGCCGUCGCGAGUCUGGCGCACGUCAUAGGUCCUGUUUCUGGGUGCCACGUGAAUCCAGCUGUAUCAGUUGGCCUCCUUAUUAGCGGAAAUUGCAGUUUCCUAAAAACGAUAUGUUACAUAGUUUGCCAAUGCUGUGGAGCAAUUGCAGGUUCAGCUGUCUUGAAGGCACUGAUCCCAGUAUCGUCAGCUCACGGUCUAGGCGCCACGUCCCUUGCGCUAACGGUCACCAAAGCUCAAGGUGUUUUUAUGGAAGCCAUCGUGACGUUCCUUCUGGUUCUGGUCGUUCAUGCGGUGACCGAUCCGAAGAGAACCGACACGAGAGGAUGGGCACCGAUGGCGAUCGGAUUGACUAUCACCGUGGCUCAUAUGGCAGCCGUGCCCGUAACAGGGAGUAGUAUGAAUCCUGCCAGAACGCUUGGUCCUGCAGUCAUUCUAGGUGAAUGGGAAAACCUGUGGGUUUACUGGGUCGGGCCCAUACUUGGUGCUUGCGCUGCCGGGGCACUCUACAAGAUGGGGUUCAAACGCAAAAAGGAGGACGAUGAGGCGUCCUAUGAUUUCUGAGGAUAGAAUUAAGAGCAACUUGCUUCUUUACAUUGCAUCUAAAUACAAAUCAUCCGAACGGUUAAACUCGUCUGAAGGCUGUCUCUGUUGACAUCGCCAUAAAAAUCCCAUUUAUAAAGUUCCAUUUAUUACGAUGUACAAUAGAAUUUGCAUUCUUCGUUUAAAUUUUAACAAACGCUACUGCGUAUUUUAAUCGAGUGGCUCGCGAUUAACGUUCGAGAAUAUUCCAUACAUUUUACUCGGCUACUGUAAAACGUUUCUCCCAGGACUCGAAGCACGAAGCAAUGCGGUAUUUAAUGCGACACAUGGUACGAAGUAAUUUACGAACUAAUAUUUAUUAAGCCGUUUCUAUUUAUUCCUUACGCAAAAACCAACAAGUACUUAUUGUGAACGGAGAACAAUUACGUACAAAUUUAUAAAAGAAUUUUUCUAUGUGGUAGUUUAGACAAAUAAUCUGUUGAAGAAUACAAUCCUUUUCUAAUUAAUAUAUACGGUGUAAUUUGA